CGCUGGGCAGGCAAGGCAAGAGAAGCGCUCUACUUCGCAGAGUCGGGGAAUACUUGUUAAUACCUCAUCGUGAUUUAUACUCACUCAGGCUGGAGAUUCCUUGGUGGAGCAAUAUUCCGGCAAAAAUUCUUCACGUUUACGUCGAAAAACAGGAGAGCCCCAGAGAUGGAGGACGCUCAACGGGCCCGAGCCAGCGUCACAUACUUUAUCGUAUCCAGGAAGCUGCUUCUUCCAAUCACAGUUGAAUGGGGACGAAUUUCUCAGUAUAUUGCCAUAACAACAACUACGACAAUAGGCCAUCGUAUCCUCCGGAAAAACGGUGUCCGCGGUAGCAACGUUAAUCUUGGCAGUCUCGUAGUAUACUGGACCCCGGACGGUCGAGCGACUGGCGUCUUCAGUAACUUCGACUUAUCACCGACUCGAGAUAUUUUCCUAAAGCAGGAGCGUGCAAGGAUAGUACCUUUCGUGGCGCUUGGCCUUCUCAUUGGUAUCACAAAGACAGUCAUCGAAGGCAAGCGCCUGUAUCAGCACGACGCUGAAUCAUUCAUAUGGGUGCUCCCCUGGGUCUCUCUUCGUUACAAAAAUGGCAAGCUCAGCCUGAGAAAGGGAAGGUCGCUCGAUAGAUGGAAAGUGUAUACCGUUUAAACGCCAUCACAAGAAAACUGGCUUCUUAACAACACAUCAUCAUAACGUGAGACCCUCGCGAUCUCAAAAAAACGGGAACUUGCGAUUUAGUGUCUUCGUUCUCUCGCCUUAUUAAUGCGGAUGACCCUGAAUGCACGGUGUAUGACUAGGUCGUAUUUCGGACGUGACUCGGGGAACACAUACUCGAGGUUAUAGCGUGUGCUAGUCACAGAGUUUGCAUGCAGUCUACCCAAAUUUCUUAUUUUCUGGAUAACAUAAUCCGACUAGAAGCUGAGGUUUCUUAGG